UCAGUGCUGUUUUAUACAACAAUAAUUUUUCAAAAAGCUUUUUGUAUACAAUAAAAAAGUAUGUAGCAGAUUUCUACCACCUUCUUGAAGAGGAACAUACUUGGAAAUGAUGAAGUACACUGCUUGGAAAUGUCUUUGGAAAAAAAAUGGUCUUGAUGCAAAUGGAACCAUUGAUGAAAAAAUAAUAAGUGAAACAAGAUAUUGUGCCAUGGAAAUUUUCUUCGGUUGAAUCCGCAU